AUGACGGUCACUCGAGUCGCCGCCUGCCAUGCUGCCCCCGUCUUCCUUUCAGCCAGAAAGACCACCGACAAGGCCAUCAAGCUGAUCCACGAGGCCGCACGCAAUAAAGCCCAGCUGGUGGUCUUCCCUGAGACGUUCAUCCCCGCAUUCCCCGUCUGGAGCGCCCUGCGCGCACCCACCGAGAACCACGACCUCUUCCAGGGCAUGGCCACCGAGUCCAUCUACGCCGAUGGGGAAGAAAUCAACGCCAUCCGCGCAGCUGCUCAAGCCACCAAGACACUCGUCAGCGUAGGCAUCUCGGAAAAAUCCCGCUUUAGCACCGCAACCCUCUACAACUCCAACCUCCUCAUCGACCGCACGGGCGCAGUUCUCACACACCACCGCAAACUGAUGCCCACUUUCUUCGAGAAACUCACCUGGAGUCCGGGCGACGGUCACGGCCUACGCGUCUCUCAAACUGCCCACGGGAACAUCGGCAACCUGAUCUGUGGAGAGAAUACCAACCCGCUCGCCCGGUACUCGCUGAUGGCCCAGGCUGAGCAGAUCCAUAUCUCGACCUGGCCGGCUAUCUGGCCGACGAGAGUUCCAUCCGAGUCUGCUGGUACGGCGGCGAACUACGAUAAUGUCGCCGCGAACCGGACCCGUGCUGCGGCGCACUGCUUCGAGGCGAAGUGUUUCGGCGUUCUAUGUGCGGGUUUUCUCGAUAACGAGGCAAUUGGUACCAUAACCUCAGGGGCAGCUAACGAAGACUCAGUCCGGGGUGCGCUUGAAGGAUCUCCCCGUGGCGCAUCCAUGUUCCUGGACCCAACAGGUGCAUUGCACCCGGCAUAUACACUCUCUAACGCCGGAGAGCAGCAGGAUAAGGAAUUCCUGCAGCAUGAGGAGGGGAUAAUUUAUGCAGACUUGGACUUGGAGCGGUGCGUCGAGGGGAAGCAGUAUCAUGAUGUCGUGGGUGGGUAUCAGCGCCUGGAUGUCUUCCAGUUGCAGGUUAAUCGGACGCGCUCGGAUCCCGUUAUUUUUAGGGAUGAGGCAGUUGAGAAGCGGGAGAAUGAACUGGCUAUGAAGGUGGAUGAGUAG